CACAACCAUUGGUUGAAAACUAAACAGUAAACAAACACUUCCCUAGAAUCUAAAACAAAGAUGAAUUAAAAUGUAGAUCUUCACUCAUCACUAGAUCUAGAUCUAUUAACUAGGCCCUAAUUUUAAAAAUCGAUCUUUUGUCUUAGUGAUAUUAAAAAUUAUCUAGAAUUCUAGAUCAACUUGUAACUUUAAGUUUCGGAAUCUAGAACUAGAUUUCUAGUCGAGGAGCGAAGGGAAGAUAACUUUCAGGAAAAUCUGUACUUGUCAGACUCAUCUGAAUCUGUGUUUGUUUUUGGAUCACACCCGAACCCAAGAUUCACUCAUCAGUCUCCCUACCCUGAUUGUUUUGGAAAAGAAAAUGAGUUCACCUAGCCCUAAUUUUGCCCCGCACCAGUUGCUUGAUGAAAGGGAAGCAUCGGUUUUAUAUUCUCCAUUUCGAGAAAAGUCCUUAAAUAUCCAAUCCUGGAACAGAAAGAUGACCUUCUGGACAAAUGCACUCUUCCAAUUAUUAAAAGAAAGGAAAAUUAUAACAUUUAAUAUAAAUCUACUUCAAACACACUUUGAAAGAAAGGGAAUUAAACCAAAGUGCCUUUCAACUGUCCUUGAAGAAUUAGUCAGGAGUAAAAAGAUUAAGAAACUAGAUGACUUCAAAAAAGGCAGCUCAUGGUUAUCUUGGGGUUUCAAUACACUGUUAAAGCAGCCAUUCUCUUGGGGAUUGAGUCAUUUGAUGGGACCUUCCGAUGUUAAUUCAACUCUUUUUAUUUGUCCAGAUGUUGUUAAGAUGAUAUCAGAGCAACUUGUAGAUCUUCACCAUUCACGCAUGAAUCAUGAUAAUGCUCUUAUCAACAUAAAGGAAUUACGUAGUAAUUGCCAGGAUCUAGUUCCAUCAGAUCAAGAUUUUGAAAUUGUACUUUUUCAACUAGUACAAGAUAAGAAAAUAAUUAUUCAUGAAAUAGAUGAACAAGAAACGGUUGUCAAAUUUUGUACUAAAGGUACCCCUGCUGUUGAAGCAAUAAAAGAUAUUGAACUUCAAGUUUACCAAAUACAAAAGACAAUGAAGAAACUAGAAAAAGAAAUUGAAAUUUUGACAGACAGGAUGGAAGGACAUAUGGCUGAUGCAAGAAAGUAUGUAAAGGAAACUAAAAAAAAUUUGGCUUUGCACAGUUUAAGAAAGAAGAAAGGUGUUCAAAAAACAAUUGAUAAAAAGUCUGCUUCCUUAAGUCAACUGCAAGCAAUUGUUGAAAACAUUGAAAAUGCCAGCUCAAAUGAAAUGGUGGUGAGAGCUUGUGAAGCAGGAGUUGCUGCUAUGAAGUCUUUAAAUUCAAACAAGAUGUUAGAGAAAGCUGAAGAUGUUUUAUUGGAUGUACAAGAAGCUGUUGAAAACAUUGAAGAUGUCAACCAAAUUCUAAGCAGUUCGUUGAAUAGCGAGGAAGACCUAGAGCUAGAAAAAGAUUUGGAAGAAUUGCUAGGUGAAUCUAACAAAAAUCCUGUGAAGAAAAACAAAACCACUGAGGAUGAAACCCUGUUGGAAGCUUUGCAUGGGCUAAUGGUGGAUGACUUAGAGUUGCCGGAUGUUCCUAGCCACUUGCCUUCAUAUUCAGGAUCAGGAAUAAAACAAGAAAAGCGAGCCAUGGAAUCAUUAAACUCCUCUUGACAAGAAAAAAUAGUGAAUUAAAAGAAAAUACCCCUACACCUGUUCAUUGGAAUGAUUCAGUUACCACUUAGUCUGCAGUGGUAAAACUGAAUUAAAUUUAUUUAAAAUUCCAACUUUUUUUCUAAAAGCAUUAUAACGGUACCUAAAUUUUAACUUAAAUUAUGUUCUGUAUUUUUAAAAUAAGUUUUGAUCAUUUAAAAAAACCUUGGCACAUAAUUUAACUGUAAAGUUUACAACUAACUAAAAAUUCUCACCAAUCAUCUUCUAUGUAAGCUGUUGAUGGUCAUUAUUUAAAACAUGUUAGUAAAUUAAUCAAGUAUUUUAAAAAUCCUGACCAUACUAUUUUUCAGUCAGAUGUUUCAAAUAAAUUUUUAGUUUUUUAAAUUGCUUAAAUGUAAGUUGAAAUAAAGUACUGUUUAUUCUUUACAAUAAACCUCAUUGUACAUUAUAACCAUCAAAUCAAUCAUGUUAAUACUUGUUUUCAGUCUGUAUAGAGAUGCUUAAACAUUUUAUUAAUUACGCAUUACAUUUUAAAACGCAAGUAAUUUCAAAGGGAUGAGGUGAAGGUGGUUAAAAACCUUUUAAGGUUGAUUCUGACCAUUAUUAUGCAAUUUAACAUUCUAGAUAUUCUUUUGGCCUGCCCAUUGUCGUUUCAGUUUGCUAAUAUUUGUUGGUAGUUUGCAUAAAGCCUGUCCUAUAUAAUCCUCACCGUAGUUAUACUUUCGGGUAUUUGGUCUUUAGAAUAUUGUAAAUAAGCACCAUCCUAUAGUAGAGUGUGUAUCAUAAACUAUAAAUUUUUAUAACUAUAAUUAUCACAAACUUGAAAAUAUUGUGAGUUGCUGCCCUUGAAGGUUUUCUGUGUAAUUAAUUUUAAAUACUGCUUACUUAAUUUCACCGAGGUAUUAUGUAAUUGUUACAAUCACUUCUCAACAUAAAUUUAUGGAGAAAACAAACCAACAUUGUUUUUGAAAUGUAAAUAAAUGUUGCAAGCUAUUAAAAUUAUUGACUUUGCAUUAUUUGAUAUUAGUGCUCCUCAAUAAAAUCAGAUCAGAAAAUCAAAUAUUGUAUUAG